UUAACCACUUCCCGUCCAGCCCAUGUAUAUAAACAGCCAGACGGGAGCAUUGCAGGGGCGGGUUUAUAAAUGUCCUCCCCACUUCCCUGCUUGUGCACGCUCCCUGGGAACACUGAUCGUUGUACGGGACCUCUGUGCGAGGUCCCGAUUGUGAUCACUGAUUGGCCAAUCAGUGAUCACAUGCAGAGUAGUAAGCAAGAUGUCACUUCUGAUAUCAUUGCUUACUACGUGUGAAAUCUGUGAAUGAUCACAGAGAUCACAUGGUACAGGGCUUUUCACAACACCAUUGAGAACUACUGAGUGAGCUGUGAUUGGUCACAGCUUGUCACAUGGUACAAGGCUGUUGUGAAUAGCCUUGCAUCAUGUGACCUCUGUGAACAUUCACAGAUUUCACACGUA